GCCACAGCGGAGUGCAGCUCUGCCUUCCUCUGUGUUUUUUUUAUCUUCGGCGGAGACAGAGUGACAGAAACCCUCAGUGAUUAAAACGGGUGUAGCUUUCUCACAGCUGUUUGUCCAGAGAGAUUUGAGGACCACUGAGGAAGAUGUUGAGGCGAAGGCCUUCAAAUGCCUCAGAGAAGGAGCAGGUGCAAAAGAAGAAGCUCACCCUGCAGAGAUCCAGCAGCUUCAAGGAUUUUAUGAAGCACAAACCCACCUCUCCUGUCGUGUCAGAAAAAGAGUUCCCAUAUGGGGAGAAUGUGGCAGAGAGUGGAACGGCAGAGGAAGCAGUGAAAAGUGGCAGCAAACUGGGCAAGAAAUGGCGCAACGUCAUCUCACGUACCAUGACCCGCAAAACAUCCAAGAUGGUGCAGAAGGCUCUGGCCGAGGAGGGGGGGGAGAGCGGUGAGGAGCUGUCUCCUGUUUCUGCUGACUGGAUUCCAGAUCUGAGUGCAGGACAGAGGACAUCUGUGUGCUCCACAGGGUCAGAGGACACUAUGCCCAGCCCCAUCUCCUGCCAGCUCUCAGGCAGCAGCGACAGACGGAGCCUGGACAGUGGAUACUGCCAGAGGGACAGCAUGAGACUGGAGGAGAACGGCAUCUCUUACAACGGACCGUUCUGUGGUCGCGCUCUGGUCCACACUGACUUCACUCCCAGCCCCUACGAUGUGGAGUCACUGAAACUCCAGAAAGGAGACAUCAUCUACAUCAUCGAGAAGCCCCCGGUUGGGACCUGGACAGGGAAGCUCAACAACAAAAUGGGCUCCUUUAAAUUCAUCUAUGUCAACCUCUUGCCUGACGAGAGCCCCCCGGCCAGGAGGAGACGCUGCAACAGCAAGGACCACAAAACCAAAUUCAAACCCAAAACCCUGGAGGAGGUGCUGGACAGAAUCGGCUUGACGGAGCUGAGUUCUUUGCUGUCCAUGCAAGGUUUCCAGAGCCUGGAGGACUUCGCAGGGCUGAAGGAUUCGCACCUCAACGAGCUGAACAUCACCGAUCCAGAGCAGCGCUCCAAGAUCCUGAACGCCACCGAACUGCUCAGAGACUCUGAAGACGAAUCGGGGCCAGAACAGGCGGAGAACACACCCGGGGAGGAUGCCAAGGAGCCGAGGGAUUCCGGCUGUUUCGAGAGCUCAGAGAACCUGGAGAACGGACGCGAGGAGCCAAAGACGGAGGAAGAGCUCCGAGACGCAGCGUCAGAGGAGCAGGCAAACGAAGAAGCGGAGAAACAUGAGCAGGGGUCUGAACAAGAGGAGAACCAAACAGUGCAGCUGGAGGCUGUUCAGGAGCAGCUGCAGGAGCUGACAGUGGACGGAGGAUGCUGAGAAGUGAUGGAAAAAUACUCAAACGUUUUUUAACUCUGGUUCUCAAGGACUCUGCAGUUGGAGAUUUAGGUCGUUACCAUACAACUCGUCAUUGUAGAGAGCGGACUGGUGAUAGGAACACAAUGUAAGGCUGAAAUACUGUACGGACGUGAUGGACUCCGUUUUCCUCAGUUUGCUGGUACCGUUGAACAAACAGCACAAUUUCUCUUUUCCUGUCACAGCUGGGUACGUUAUAUGUUGGAUAUGUUGUUGGAUUUGAAUUAAUUUUGAUGUUUUUUGUUGUUGUUUCCUUUUGUAAAGUGUCUCUUUAUAAUGGUAAAAAAGAAUCAUUAAAAAUUUAUCUUUCUGUUUCUGGAAUGUUUUCAUACGGUGCAGUCUCAUCAAAAUAUGAAUGUAAAUCAAUGAUUUUCUGAUAUUUUUCAUGUAACUUGAAACUUGUUCGUUUGAUUAGUUUGGGUUUUACUUGUAUUAUAAGGUACAUUAAACUGAUUUCUGUGACAUGAGGACAUGAAGACGCUGUAAAUAGAAUUUGAAUAAAACAUAAUCAAGCGAUCAUGUAAGCUGUUAUUACUGUGUCAAUCCUGAUUGCUGUUUUACAUGUUUUAUCUAAGGCAAGUUAAUGAAAAAAUAUCAACUGAGUGAAUUACAUCUAUGUGAUUACCAAAUAAUUAAUGUUAUGUAUUUUAGAUAAAUAAUCAAACUCAAAGUCCACUUCUUAGCUCUUUCCAGGGCUUUCUACUACAGUUAGGUACAUAAAUAUUUGGACAGGGGCACAGUUUUUGUAAUUUUGCCUCUGUACACCACCACGUUGGACUUGAAACAAGGCCAUCAUGAUGCGAAUGAAGUUUAGACUUCCAGCUUUAUUUCAAGGGGUUUUAACUAAAAUAUCACAUGAACUGUUUAAGAAUCACAGUCAUUGUUAUACAUAGUCCCUCAUUGUCAGGGGC